AUGGACAUCCCUAAGAUUUUGGAGCACAUUAAUGACCUUCACCAAAACGCUUCUGAGAGAAAUGAGUUUAUUCACUUCACCGAAGAUUUGCGAACUUUACUAUCAGAAUCUUCCAAAAAAUCCUUAUUGACCUGCUCAACACCUGAGAUUACCACCAAUAGCAUGAUUGCUAAGCUCAAUAACCUUCUCCCCAAAACAGCUCAGCAUCAAGAGAUCAGCCUCUUCAAUUUAUUAGCAAAACACGCAAAUUCUGCUAAACUCAGCUUAAAUAUCCCGACAACCCUAAUCAGGAUAGAGCACCUGCCCGAACUAUAUAUGAUACAAACCAAAAGGGAAAAAAUUGUUUUGGCAAAGGAAUGCACACUUGCGGAAUUUUUAAGCAUGACUACAGCUAAAAAUGACUCGAAUUUCCCAACUUUUUGUUAUAAAAUCCCUGGGAAAGAAGUUGUGGCUACUUUUUCAGCAGAAUCUGCUGAAAGAUUGUGAAAUUCUUCUGAAGAUCAUGCAAUAUUGCAGUAUUUCAUACAGAGCAAGACGAAUCCAGCCACAAUUACAAGGGUUUUGUGGAGGCGAGGGAUGAAAAAUAAGUAUUUUACUAUAACAAACCGCAAAAAAGUUUCAAGGAAACUCAAGAAAAGUGUUACCAUUGCUGCUGGGCUCGCUUUUAGAAGAAAUAAGCUUAUGAAUAACCUUGAAGAUUAUAAAAACGCUGGAAUGAUGAACUCAGUGUCUCAGUCCGCUGGCUGUCCUUUUAGACCAGGCCCGAAAACGCCUUUAAGCCGAAAAUUUUUGACCAUGACCGAAAAAUCCCAUAGUGGCCGAGACGAGUCAAAUUUUGUGAGGUCUUUUUCUACUGCUGUAUCAAAAUAUAUAUUCUUUAUAAAAUAAAUAUUUUAUUUAAAAAACUAUAUACAUAAAAUGGCGUAUGGCGACCGACCCACCCUCUCAGUGGUGGUUACCCAUGUAUAUCCGGGCAUGGUUUUUGGAGCCAGGAAUUAGCCCAACAACGUCUGGGACCUCGAAGCGAGAGGCCUAAGCGCGAGAGCCGCUGUUUUUGCGACCAGAUCCAUGGGCAGUUAUUCGUGACUUUCUUUUUGCCAGCAGCGCUCAGCCCAGUGAGUGCCCGAAAUGAGGCAGGGCGACUUACCUGCCUAAGCUGCUUUAGUGGCUCGCCCCGAAUGGCGAAAGCUGUUGAGUUCUUUCUCGGGAUGACCGGAAAAGAGGGGAGGCGAGUUAGACACCAAAACGGGGGUCUCUCCAGUUGAAAAGGUGCCCUUCAAUGGGCAGAUCUGGCGGACGACGAAGCGGAGUUGGCGUAAACUUAGGCGACGAUCCAAGUUGGAAAUGGAGGUGGUCAGCAAAGCCGGUAUGAGACGGCCCUUGACAAUACCUCUACCGAGAAACCGGGGGUUUCGGCCGGGCUUGGUGAACGCUCUGCCACCACACGGGAAACCGUGGCAUGCGACCUCGGACGUAGUAGGGACCUUAAAUACCCAGCGUAAUCUUAAUCUUAAUCUUAUUUAAAAAACUAUUAUUUAAUAUAAUGAAGAUAAUAAAAAUAAGCAUAAAAGACUAUGACGGGUAUGAUCCAACUGCCUCUACUGAUACUUCAAGCCAAGAAGACCACAAUAAAGAAUUUAUAGUUUUCACUAAAGAUGUAGAUAGCUGCUAUGCCAUUGAAAACUAUUCGAGAAUUGCUGAAAUCGAGCUUAUGGUGGACCAAAUAGUGGAGUUUUUAAAUUUAGAAGUGCUUAAACACCAUGGACUAAAAGGAGUCGUCCUUGAUUUUGUGAAGGACAAACACAAUAAUUGAUUUUUAUUAGACUGCAAAGAACAUUUUGUUGACUAUUGCUAAAUUAAUUUAUUUUUUUAGCUUAUAUGGACUUUUAGUCUAAAAAUCCUUAUUUAGCUUCAGGCUGCAGCAAGAUCUCAAAAGAAAUUAUGACUAUAUGAUUCCCAUCGAUUUUGAGAAAUCAAAAAGAAAAACAGUCAUCGAAAAAUGCAGAACUCCUGAGCAGCUUGAAAGAUCUGCCUCAUGUGUACACAGUAGCGAAUCAGAACUAAGGCGGCAAGACUCUCUUCUCAAUGAAGGCUACCUCCACGAAAUAAAAGAAGAAGACACCCAAUUAUCCUGCCCCUUCAAAAUCCGGACAAAACCGAAAAAAAUAGAGCACGAUCCUGUAUCCGAAAAAGACUUAAUGGAAAGACUUAACAAAGUCAACGCAAAAAUUGAUAGACUUAACGCCCAAAAAUCACCUGCAAGACUAAGCCCUAUAAAUAGAGAAGAAAGCAUCCAGGAUUAUUUAAACAGCUAUAACUAUUUAAAAUGCCCAAUGAGGGAGCCUACAAGUGCAAGCCCUAUUUCGCCAAGACUUGUCCAGUCAAAAUCCACGACCCAUUUAGACCGCCUUAUACAUGAUGAUAAGAGGCUGCUUUAUUCCAGAAAAGUUUUUAAAGACGUAGUCGAUAAUUUUGAUGAAAUGGCUCUGAAUGUAAAAAUUGCGAAAAUUAAAGAGCAAAAUAUUAUUGAUAAAUAUGGAGGGAUUGAUUUUUGGAACAAGUUUAUUGUGUCGUUGUAUAAUAAGGUGCUAGCGAGCGAUAUAUUAAAUAAACACUUCAAAAAUUCAAAGCUAGAAAGCUUUGAAAUGAUUGUGGCGGGGAUGUUCAAGAUAUUGAAUGCUAGCUCUAUGAGAAUAAAAUAGUAUCGAAGUCCUUAUAAGUAGCUGAUAAGGGCUGAAGAUUGAGGGAAACUCUUAAGUUGAUUGGAACAACUCAGAUUGGUAAAAAAAUGAGAGUUAGCAAAUUAGUCUCUUUCCAAUCCUGUCUAAUUAUAAGAAUUUCCUAUAAUUUGUUUUUUUGAAAAUUUAUAUAUAUUUUUACUAUGAUAAUAAUUUUAACUUCAGAGGAUCAUAUUUUUGUAUAUAUUUUUAAUUAAAAUCAUAAAAAUAAUUAAUGGACUCAGGCGAAGCAGAAAAUCUUGAUUGAUUAUGGGUGAUUAAGGUGAAUUUAGAUUUCAGAAGAAAAAUUAGGGCAGCACACAUGACAAAAGGAAUAUUGGAGAAAGAAUUUUAUUGCUAUUGCGAUCUUUUUGAUAGCACAUUAUGCGAAUUUAAUCUUGAAGAAGACGAUAGACAAGGAAUAAGCUCACAAAUUAGAAAUAUGAAGAAUAUUAUAUGUAGGCAAGUGCAGCAGUAA